AUGCUGAUCGAUCUCUGCCAGAUACCCGACGAAGGAGAGAAGUGGAAAGUCAAAGUCCCAAGAGAGCUUACCCGUGAUGAGCUUGUAGAUUUGCAGAGGAAGUUCGGGCAGGCACUUGCGUAG